AUGCUCUUUUCUGCAAACUCGGUUCUCCGCGUCAGUGGCUCGCUGUCGUUCAUGAAGUAUCAAUCUGAUGGGGGCGAAGAUGCCCAGCGGAUUCCCAACAAGCGCAAGCGUGACGACUGUGACUCCAACGAUGAAUCACACGUGACAACCUCAAAAGCCGUUUGUCUCUCCCACCCCUCCACUGGUCCAGCGCCGCCUACCCCAACUCUCCUGAGUCUUCCUCUCGAGCUGCGCGACCGCAUCUACGCCCACACCGAAGGACGGCUGGUAAAGCUGCAACUUCUGAGUACCCGGUACGCUAAAGAGGUUGGGUACACUAUACGCUUCAGGACACCCGGCAUUGGCUUCUCUGGUCUUCACGGCGUAAACAGGCAAUUUCGCAAGGAGCUCGAAGAGUGGUUUGGUACCAACCAUAAGAUCGACCUCAAGAUUCACAAACGCAUCAUUCUCGGCCACGAAAUUGCGAAAUUCUCCCCCGAAGAGUGCUCCCGCAUCGUCUACCUGCGCAUUUUCCCAUUGCCCUGGGAAUCCUACGACUUGUGGAACCAACCCGCCGGCGCAAUAAUCACCACAAUCAUGGGCUGCUCUGCUGCAGCACUUGCGGACACCCUUCCGUCCCUUGAUGGCAUCGAAUUCACCUUUGAGUGCGCUCGGAACAAACGCGAUGAGGUCAAUCGAGACCUCGACGACUUCUGCGAAAAGUUCGCCGCCAUCAGACGAGACAUGGAUAUCGAGAGCAGAAGCUGGUCAAAUGGUCGUUAUGUGGUAAAGAUGGCGAUCCUCGAAGAGCUUUGA